CCCCGGCGACGCUCGCUCCAGACACUGCUGUAUCCCUCUCGUUUUUCCAGCCACGGAAAUCGGUGAACCGAUCGGUGCGCUCUGAUUUUUCAGUAGUCUGGGGAUAGGUCGCGUUUAUCUGUACGUUUACCGCGGAUGUACGUGAACACGGAACCAACUCACAAUUUAGACAAAACAAGUAACCUCGCUAAGUGAAUCUAUUGGGUCUGCUGCUGUGCGUUCAGACCGAGCAGAUCCUUCCUCCGUGCGAUCAUUUCCUCCUAUUUGGAGAGGAAGGGUGUUAUGGGCUGUUAGUUUUCGAAGUGAAAUCUCAGAAGUUGGUUUACUUUCGGGACUCUUAACGUGUUGCUCCAGUUUAUCAUGUCCUUAAUGUAGAGUUACUGAUAUCUAAAACAAAUCUGUAAAGUGCCGCGAUCAAGCCCAUCACUGUGUAAUGUCACAGUUGUCAAAUUGGAGCCCAGAUGGGGAACAAAACAAAACCGUAGGCUAUAGUUCGCACUUCUACGGAUCCAUCCAGCACGCACAUUUAUUCCAAAUAACGCAUAGGGGCAAAUCCAUCUCACGGAUUUCUCUCUCCAUCUCAACGGCAUAAUAUAGCCACUGAUUUAGUUUUUUAGUUUAGUUUUUCUAUGUCAAACUGUAGGCUAGGCUACUCACUGAAAGACCUUUUGCAAUACCCAGCUCUGACCGAAGCGGAAGAGGACAGUUUUUUUCUGUCUGAGAUACGGGACACUGGAUUUACCCGCUGGUGGAGACAGUGAUUGUGUGUUGGUGAGGUGAGCUGAGCUGAGCAAAGGAAAUGAGCGCUCACUGAGACCAUCUCCUGCCGUCUGACUACCCUCAGCACCCGGUUUCGUGCAACAGAAGAAGUGGUCAACGGAUCAUGUCUCCACUGUUACGUGGAAACUAAUGCACUUCCGGGUCCAGAUACUUGUCCACUGACCCCACACACUACAAUACCCACGAUUCCUGUCUGCAAAAAAGUAAGGACUUAGGUGUUGAAGCCCUUAGGUGACUUGGACUUCCUUGUUUUACUAUUGAACUAUUUCAGCACCACUAGCCAGUUCUUAGUUUACAACAGUGAUCUUAGAGGGACUGUAGAGGUACUGAGAUACAGUCAUAGAGAAAAACAAAGAACAACGGAAACAAAAUGGCCAACAACACGGCGGACCACCCCUCGGGGAACUCUGUUGCCGAUGGCAACCAAGAAGGGGACUUUGGCAUCACGGUGAUGGAUCUCCGGGACCUGAUGGAGCUGAGGAGCGGAGAGGCCGUCACCAAGAUAGCCGACUCCUACGGAGACGUGCAAGGGCUCUGCCGCAGGCUCAAGACAUCACCCAUCGAGGGUCUGUCUGGUAACCCAGUGGAUCUGGAGAAGCGCCACACAGCGUUUGGGAAGAACUUCAUCCCUCCUAAAAAGCCUAAGUCUUUCCUCGCGCUGGUGUGGGAAGCUCUACAGGAUGUUACUCUAAUCAUCCUGGAGAUUGCUGCCGUCAUCUCCCUGGGCCUGUCCUUCUACCACCCUCCCGGGGGAGAUAGCGAACUGUGUGGUGAGACAGCAUCUGGAGUGGAGGAUGAGGGCGAGGCGCAGGCGGGCUGGAUCGAGGGCGCCGCCAUCUUGUUCUCUGUUGCCAUCGUUGUCUUGGUGACGGCGUUUAACGACUGGAGCAAGGAGAAGCAGUUCCGCGGGCUGCAGAGCCGCAUCGAACAGGAGCAGAAGUUCACCGUCAUCCGCAAAGGCCAGGUCAUCCAGAUCCCUGUGUCCGAACUAGUGACAGGAGACAUCGCCCAGAUCAAAUAUGGUGAUCUGCUGCCAGCUGAUGGUAUCCUGAUCCAGGGCAACGACCUGAAGAUUGACGAAAGCUCUCUGACCGGUGAAUCAGACCAAGUCAGGAAGUCCCUCGAGAAAGACCCCAUGCUGCUGUCCGGCACCCAUGUGAUGGAGGGAUCAGGUAGAAUGGUGGUGUCUGCAGUGGGUCUCAACUCCCAGACUGGAAUCAUCUUCACUCUGCUGGGGGCGGGAGAUGGCGACGAGGAAAAGAAGAUCAAGAAAGGUAAAAAACAAGGACCCCCCGAAAAUCGCAACAAAGCUAAGACCCAGGACGGCAUUGCCCUGGAGAUCCAGCCCCUGAAGAGUGAGGUUGAGUCCGAGGAGAAGGAGCCGGAGGUGGAGGUCAAACAGGUGAAGAGGGUUCAGAUCACCAAGAAGGAGAAGUCUGUGCUGCAGGGCAAACUCACCAAACUGGCUGUGCUAAUCGGGAAGGCAGGUCUGAUCAUGUCAGCAGUGACGGUGAUCAUUCUCAUUCUGUACUUCGUGAUUGACACGUUCGGGGUACAGGGUCGCCCAUGGCUGAAGGAGUGUACCCCCAUCUAUAUCCAGUACUUUGUCAAGUUCUUCAUCAUCGGAGUCACUGUGCUGGUGGUGGCUGUGCCUGAGGGGCUGCCUCUAGCCGUCACCAUCUCUCUGGCCUACUCUGUCAAGAAAAUGAUGAAAGACAAUAACCUGGUGCGUCACCUGGAUGCGUGUGAGACAAUGGGGAACGCUACGACCAUCUGCUCCGACAAGACAGGCACCCUCACCAUGAACCGUAUGACCGUGGUGCAGGCCUACUUGGGAGACACACACUACAAGAAAGUACCAGAACCCGACGUCAUCAAACCAUCAACAAUGGAAGUCCUGGUCAACAGCAUCGCCAUCAACUCAGCCUAUACUACUAAGAUCCUGUCUCCAGAAAAGGAGGGAGGUCUGCCCCGCCACGUUGGCAACAAGACAGAAUGCUCCCUAUUGGGCUUUGUGCUGGAACUGAAGAGGGACUACCAGCCAAUCAGGGACGAGAUUCCUGAGGAGAAACUGUACAAGGUGUACACCUUCAACUCAUCCCGUAAGAGCAUGAGCACGGUGCUGAAGAACACCGACGGUAGCGGCUUUCGCAUGUACAGCAAGGGAGCCUCCGAGAUCGUCCUACGCAAAUGUUCCCGUAUCCUGGACACGAACGGGGAGCCACGUAUCUUCAAGCCUAAGGACCGUGAUGAGAUGGUGAAGGUGGUGAUUGAGCCCAUGGCCUGUGACGGUCUAAGGACCAUCUGUGUGGCCUACAGGGACUUCCCUGCCGAGGCAGGAGAACCAAACUGGGACAACGAGGCCGAUAUCCUCAACGAGCUCACCUGCAUCUGUGUGGUCGGCAUUGAGGACCCCGUCAGACCUGAGGUACCUGAUGCUAUCCUAAAGUGCCAGAGGGCUGGCAUCACCGUGCGCAUGGUUACCGGGGACAACAUCAACACCGCCCGUGCCAUAGCAACCAAGUGUGGCAUCCUGUUGCCGGGCGAGGACUUCCUGUGUCUGGAGGGCAAAGAGUUCAACCAGCUGAUCCGUAAUGACCAGGGAGAGGUGGAGCAAGAGCGUCUGGAUAAGGUGUGGCCCAAGCUGCGUGUGCUGGCUCGUUCCUCUCCCACUGACAAACACACUCUGGUCAAAGGUAUCAUGGACAGCACCGUCCUCGAGACACGACAGGUGGUGGCUGUGACAGGCGACGGAACUAACGAUGGCCCCGCCCUGAAGAAGGCUGAUGUUGGAUUUGCUAUGGGUAUCGCCGGUACGGACGUGGCUAAGGAAGCGUCAGAUAUCAUUCUGACUGACGAUAACUUCACUAGCAUCGUCAAGGCUGUCAUGUGGGGCCGCAAUGUCUAUGACAGCAUCUCCAAGUUCCUCCAGUUCCAGCUCACUGUCAACGUGGUGGCCGUCAUCGUGGCCUUCACUGGCGCAUGCAUCACACAGGACUCUCCUCUGAAAGCGGUGCAGAUGUUGUGGGUUAACCUGAUCAUGGACACCCUGGCUUCCCUAGCCCUAGCCACCGAGCCCCCCACUGAGUCCCUGUUGCUGAGGAAGCCGUACGGCCGCAACAAGCCCCUAAUCUCCCGCACCAUGAUGAAGAACAUCCUGGGUCAUGCCGUCUAUCAGCUCACAAUCAUCUUCACCCUGCUGUUCGCUGGAGAGAACUUCUUUAACAUCGACAGUGGGCGCAACGCGCCCCUCCACUCGCCGCCAUCGGAGCACUACACCAUCGUGUUCAACGUGUUUGUCAUGAUGCAGCUGUUCAACGAGAUCAAUGCCAGGAAGAUCCACGGAGAGAGGAACGUUUUUGAGGCCAUCUACCGUAACCCCAUCUUCUGUAGUGUGGUCCUGGGAACCUUCGUCCUGCAGAUUGUCAUUGUCCAGGUUGGAGGGAAGCCCUUCUCCUGCACCGCUCUGACCAUCGACCAGUGGCUCUGGUGUGUGUUCAUCGGAGUGGGAGAGCUGCUUUGGGGACAGCUGAUCUCAGCCAUCCCCACCCACCACCUGAAGUUCCUAAAGGAGGCUGGCCACGGCACCCAUAAGGAGGAUGUCCCCGAAAACGAGAUGAAUGAGGGGGACGAUGAGAUCGACCACGCUGAGAUGGAGCUCCGUAGGGGUCAGGUCCUCUGGUUCAGGGGCCUCAACCGCAUCCAGACUCAGAUGGACGUGGUCUAUACGUUCCAGACGGGUCAGGCUCCGGUGCCGGGGGCAUUGAGACGCCAACCCUCAGUGGUCAGCCAGCACAACGACGCCAAAACAGUCUCUAGCCCCACCCACGUAGGGCUUUCCUCUUCCUCCCUGUCUGCCAACUCUGCCGGGGCCCCGCCCCUUCUUACUCCUGCCGUCGCUGCUUCCUCCUCCACUGCAGGCAAUUAAGGUGGUAAAUGCGUUCCGUAGCUCUCUUUACCCGGGGCUAGAGAACCGAGAAUCAAAAAAUUCCAUCCAUAACUUCAUGGCCCACCCUGAGUUUGUUCCCCUGUCUGAGGAAGAGGCGCGGAUCCCUGACAUCGAUGAGAGCAGCAGUGAUGAGGUGGAGUUCCAGCACAUGCCCAGCUCCUUCUCUGGGGGGGAAGAAGCUCCAGAUGUCAGCCACGAGGCCUCCUGCUGAUCACCUCCUCUCUUCUCCUCUCUUCCAUUCUGCUCUGUCCAUCUCCCCCUGUUGGCCGGCUGGUUACCCUCCUGCACUUCCACCACCAGGAGGACAAGCGGUACGCCCCUCAUCCCACAGAGGGUACACCCAGAGCAGGCAAGGGGUCCCAGUGUCUCCCCGUCUUCACCUACCCCUCUUCACCUGCCCCUCUUCACCUACUCCUCUUCCUCCGCCUCCUCUUUCUUCCACUUCCUGAACCCUACACCUACCUCUCACCUGCCCCACCCACACACCCCACCUUGCCAUUCCCAUGGGCUGGCACUGACUGUGGUGUGUAUGCCCUUUAAGUAUGUGCAGCAGAGUGACAUGUAGACCAUCAAAUCACAUCGCGCCCCAAACUCAUGCGUGGGAGGGGCCAUGUGGGGUCCACCAAUCUGCUCUGUCGAAGGCUGUAGCCUGUCCUACUGUCCAUCUUUGGAGUUUUAAUGUAAUUUCUUUUUUGUCCUGUAACAUUUCAUUGUUUUAUUUUAACCUCAGAUAGCCCAGAACUGAAACACAACAUGUUUAUCCUCUUGUACGUGCUUAUUACACCCUGCAUACACUAACUGACACAGAACUUUUAGAGUAUAUCCAUGUGUACAUUAAUGUAUGUGUACAUAACAGUAUAUAUGCUUUAUAGGCUCUUCAACACAGCUCCAAGCUGAUUUGAUGAUCAGAUGAACAUUGGCCAUGUGAUUUAACAGCUUUCAGCUACUAAGUUUUUCCACUCCAUUUCUCAAUCUGUGUUUUAACUGUACAGUGUGUAUGCAAUGGAUCUGUUUUGAAGCAAGAUGUACUAAUGGGUUAUGCAGUUCAAUCCAGGAACCCAUGUAUUCAUUCAUUCUGAUAAACUACAUAUUUUCAAUGAUGAAGGUU